AUGCAGGCAGAGGAGCGGGUGCCGGCGCAGCCUGGCUGCGUGACCGGAUGGCGACCGUCCAGCAUCGCCGCUCUCCUGGUCCCCUUCUUCUGGGCCGACCUGGUGGCCUUUGUUGGCUUGGUGCGGUCAUCGGUACGAUGCCUGUGGCGUUUGAACCGCCGACCCCCCGUCACCCUCCUCGACGUCUUCCAGGACCACGCUCGCCGCCGGCCCCACUGGCCCCUGCUCCGCUUCCAAGAUGAGGUUUACACCUACGAGGACAUGGAAUGCCGGAGCAACCGGGCUGCCCGGGUGUUCUCCCGGCACCUGGAGCUGCAGCCGGGUCGGACCGUCGCCGUCUUCCUCCCCAACGAACCCACCUACGUCUGGACCUGGCUGGCGUUGGCCAAGCUGGGCUGCCCCAUGGCUUGUCUCAACUGCAACGUGCGGGGUCGGGCGCUGCAGCACGCGCUCGCCGCCGCCCGGGCCACCCUCAUCCUCGCCAGCCCCGGAGCCACCUGUGUCCUACGGGCCAAAUUCUCCGCCUCCCAGUUCUGGGACGACUGCCGCCGCUACAACGUCUCCGUCAUCCAGUACGUGGGCGAGCUCAUGCGCUACCUCUGCAACACGCCCAAGCGCGCCAACGACCGGGAGCACGGGGUGCGCUUGGCCUUGGGCAACGGCCUGCGGGCAGAGGUGUGGAAGGAGUUCCUCCAGCGCUUCGGGCCCAUCUCCAUCUGGGAGUUUUACGGGGCCACCGAGGGCAACGCCGGCUUCAUCAACUACACCGGCAAGAUCGGGGCCGUGGGCAGAGCCAACGUAUUCUUCAAGAGUUUCGCUCCCUUUGAGCUGAUCAAGUACAAUGUGGAGGAGGACAAACCCAUACGUGACGAGCGAGGUCUCUGCAUCCGAGUCCGCCCCGGUGAGACAGGGCUGCUGGUCAUCAAAAUCACCAAGAACACCCCCUUCCAUGGCUACGCGGGCGAUUCCCAGAAGACAGAGAGGAAAGUCUUGAGGGAUGUCUUGGUCAAAGGCGACAGCUUCUUCAACAGCGGCGACCUCCUCAUGAUCGACCAUGAAAGAUUCAUCUACUUCCAGGACCGAGUGGGAGACACUUUCCGUUGGAAAGGCGAGAACGUGGCCACGACAGAGGUGGAGGCCACUCUCGCCAUGGUGAACUUCAUCCAGGAGGUCAACGUCUACGGAGUGUCCGUGCCGGGGUGCGAGGGGAGGUGCGGCAUGGCGGCCAUCCGCCUGAAGGCCGGGGAGAGCUUCGAGGGCGAGGACCUCUACGCCUUCACCAGGGACACGCUGCCCAGCUACGCCGCCCCCCGCUUCGUGCGGAUCCAGGAUGCCCUGGAGAUCACGGGGACCUUCAAGCAGUGCAAAGGCAACCUCGUCAAAGAAGGCUUUGACCCCAACGUCAUCAAAGACGCUCUCUUCUUCCGCGAUGACAAGAAGAAGUCCUACGUGCCUCUGAGCCCCGACACCUACGCCGCCAUCCUGGACAUGAAGCUCAACCUGUAG